AACAAUUUGAACUUGGUACUGAGCUUGCUAGAGACCCAUGACUGCAUGUCUGGCUUCAUCCUCGGCGUCCGUCAUCUCAGCUCCUGCGAACCGGCAGCAUACGACUACCUCCGCAAGCAUGGCCUCUCCACCACCUACAAAGACUGGCAAUUGGUGCCCGAUUCAGCAGACAAUGAAGAACUGCUCAUUACCGGGACUACGGUGAUUUGGACUAGUGGACGUGUCCUCAAGCGUGCUUUUGAUUUCGCAGCCGAUGGUCAGCCUAUCUUGCAUGCUCUGUUUGUCUCUUUUCCAACGCCAGAGUCUGACCUAAAGGCAUCGACACCGAUAUCGCAAGAUGGCGCCAGGCAACCUCGAUUUGCUUCGUCUCGCAAUGCCUUCAAGUCAACGGCGCACCUUCGACAUCUACCAGCAUCGCUCAAUAAGACAGAGGUACUUGAGCGGGCGCUCGUCAUAAUCCUCGAAGAGCUGGCGUACAUCUACUAUGACGAUGGACGAAGAGAUGUCAUUCACAUCCCAUUCAGGGUCAAGCGUGCCUUCCCCGGUGCCAAGGGCCUACUCAUGGAGCGCGAUGUGGAUCGAGCACUUGUCAAGGAAGAAGCCUUGCCGACACUCUUUUGCUUGCCGCGACCAUUAGAUGAGAUUGGUGUCAUCACCGCAAAAGACAACCGCUGGACGAUUGCAGAUGAGGUGAUUUACACAGGCAAUGGUCUCCUCAUCAGCUCAAACAAAGAGACCAAUACAACGACACUCUGGUCUCUCGACUACACUGAAAAGGACGCAUCAGAGGCAUCACUGCAUUCAAAUCGUCUCAGCCAAGCGAGACGUCGUUCUUCUAUCCUUCGACCAAGCGCUUCUAUGGGUCCAGAUGACUUUCACAGUAUACGCACAGACUCAUUGCACUUUGACCGUGUCGUUAUCGGUGAUAUGGAUCCGGCAUUGCUUUUUAGCGAAGCCGAGUCAUUGCGAAAAGAUGCCGUGUUGACUCCGAUUGAGACAAUUGCGAUUGCUUGCGAUCUUCAUUUGCCCAAGGCUAUCGUUUUGAAGGAUCAAAAGUCACUCGUUGUCAUGCUACGUACGCAAGAUCAGCGAGGACUAACUUUUGUCCUCAAGCGUUCUUCCAGUGGACGAUUUGCCGUCGUCAAGACUGACAAGAUGGCGAUCCUGGACAUGAUUGGUAUGGGAAGCUACGCUUUGCUGAGACAUCAGGACGAAACGCUCUAUCUUCAUUCGCCGCUUGGAUUGCGCAUCCAAGUCGAUGGACUACGCAAAGGUGUGUUGAUUGGUUCGCGUGGUUCCACUGUUUGGACCAAAGCGCAUGACUGCGCUCAGAUGGAAAGCUUUGAGCUGACGUUGCUUGUUGAGCCUCUCGUGCAGAAGCUGCUAUCUGCCCUGCAAGUCAUUCUCUCGAGACAGCACCAUGAACAGCUUUAUUUUGCCAUGCUACAUGCUCAGCGAUCGCAAAGCCAAUUCGACGCUUUUGUCUCGACGUUGUCUGCUGGUUUCCUGCAGCCGUGUGUACUCUCGGACGUUGACCCAGCGUUCAUGCCUAUCUUGCAGCUAUUUGAAGGUUGCGAUCUUUCAUUCUCCAAGCUCUACUAUCCUCAGAUAGUCCUUGCUAUUCACUUUGUAUGUGAAGAGCUUGCUUUGGACGUCUUGACGGCUCAUGCCUCAGCAAAGCUCAUCCCGAUCUUACUGCAAAUGUCAAGUUGGCUUGCAUGGCCUGCUUAUGUCUUUUUAUACCAAGAGAGACUAACAGAAGCUUGUUCAAUCGACGAACGGCCGCUUGCACACAUUGCUGUAGCGUCGCCGACAGACCCGCCGCCCAGUGUGUUAGCGUGGGUUGAACAACGCGCACGAGGAAAGCGCCUUGCCGUUCAGACAAUCGACAUGCUUUCGACGAGUCGUGGUCCUUAUCGACAGGGAAAGGAAGUGAUUUCAACCUGCCCAUUGACACAGAGCUUGCUCCACGUCUAUGAUAGCCUGUUCUCCUCAUCCAAGACACUGCAUCAGGGUGUGGAACUCAUGGCGAGGCAGUUGACCAUCGACCAGAUUGAUAAAUUGCCGCAACCACUCGCGAUCCCACUACGCGAUGCAAUCAGAUGUUGUGGCUUGUCUCCAUCGUCUGACUGGACGGCAGAGACGCUGCGUUUUGUUGGACGUCAUGAUUUGGCAGACUUCUUGAGCCAGACGCAUUCUGAUCAGCCCAUUGUUAGAUUGCAGACUGAGACACAGACUACAGAGGAGGCGAGUCGCUCUGAAGCAAAUGGACAGGUGUCUACUGGCGAAACGCGGCAUCGAAAUAUGCUGCGCAUGAUCUGGCCGGGAGACUUGCGGAUACAGGAACUUGAAAAGAUGCUGUGCUACAGCAAACCAGCUGUCGUCUCUAUGCCGGAAAAUGAAAAUCUUGGGGAAGCAGAUGUCGUGCGCUUGCAGGAGUCAGUUGCUCGAAAUGUCGCCAAGCGAACGCUCGCGUCUCCCGUCGGGUUCGGCAUAUUCGAGUAUGACAGUGCCGAUCCAAUGCCAACAGAGAUGUUUGCCCAGCAAGAACUCAAUCUAGAUGUCAAAUUCAAGCCCGUUAGCUUUACAGUGGCCGAAGACAAGGAAUACAUGACACCUCAGUUCAAGAUGUGGGGCCAAUUUCACAAUGGUUGCGCAGCGGGACUGAGCAUCUCACCAAAAGCGCAAGGUGUCAGUGCUUCGUGGAUUGUGUAUAACAAGCCAGCUGAGCUCAACGACAAACACGCCGGGUUUCUGUUGGGACUAGGUCUGAAUGGACAUCUCAAAGUCAUGGCAACCUGGCAUGCCUUCAACUACCUCACAUCGAAGCACACGAUGACUUCCAUUGGGCUGCUGCUUGGUAUGUCAGCCUCGUUCCUUGGCACGAUGGAUUCCAUGAUCACCAAGCUGCUCUCUGUACACGUCUUGGCCUUACUGCCUCACGGAGCCAAUGAACUUAAUUUAUCUGGUCAAACGCAAGCUGCCGGGCUGAUGGGUAUCGGCUUGCUUCAUUUCAACACUAAGCAUCGUCGCAUGACUGAAGUGAUGCUCGGUGAGAUUUGCGCGCAAGACAAGAGUGAGGAUCAUUUCCGCGAUGAGAGCUAUCGCUUGUCGGCAGGACUCAGCUUAGGCUUCAUCAAUGUGGGCCUGGGACCUGAUCUCAAAUCUGUCAGCGAUGCGCAAAUGUUCAAGUCAUUGCUCGCGUGCGUGUAUGGUGACAAGAGGGAGAAGCAUGACCUGGAUGUCAAGAUACCAGGUGCUGUCAUGGCCCUUGGCCUUCUCUUCUUGCAGACUGGCAAUCUUGAUAUUGCAAAGAAACUAGCAGCGCCAGCGACUGAACACGACUUGGAGCAUGUGCGUCCCGAUAUUCUCAUGUUGCGGGUUCUGGCGUCGAGACUGAUUUGUUGGUCCAGCAUUACGCCCACGGAAGCAUUCGUGGCUUCCGUUCUGCCAUCCUUUAUGCAGCCCAUUGCGUCGCUGAGAGAUCAAAAGGUGCUCGAAACUGAUGAUUUGGCGCUUUACUACAUGCUCACUGGGGGUUGCUUUGCUAUGGGUAUUCGCUACGCUGGCACGCACAAUCUGGCCGCCCGGGAUGUAUUGCUCUGUUACCUCGACCGGUUCUUGCGCCUCUCGCAUUUGCCAGCUACCAGCUUUGAUCAAAAAGCAUGCAAGAUUGCCAUCAGGUCAUGCGUAGGCGUGCUCUGUUUGUCUUGCGCUAUGGUGGUAGCUGGCACAGGUGACUUGCAAGUCAUGCGACGCUUGCGUGUUGUGCACUACUGCACAGAAGCAGACAUUUCAUUCGGUGCAUACUUGGCUGUCGAGAUGGCACUUGGCUUGUUGAUUAUGGGUGGUGGUCGUUACUCGUUGGCUUCCACUAAGCUUGCAACGGCCAGUCUUGUUGUCUCUUGCUAUCCGAUCUUGCCGAAUGCUGUUGCCGACAAUGGUGCACAUUUGCAAGCCUUGCGGCACUUAUGGGUCCUGGCAGUUGAACCAAGAUGCAUCAUUCCGCGAGAUACAUUGACUCGUGCCAUUUGCUCUUUGCCGUUACGAUUGACAAUGCAAGAUCAGUCAAUCAGAGAAGUGCUGGCGCCUUGCUUAUUGCCACCUCUUGAGCAGGUACAGAGUGUCACACUUGCCAGCCAAGCCUUCUUGCCAGUAACGCUUCAAUUUGCAGCUGCAGAGGAAGGCUGCCGUCACUUGGCAGCAUUCAAAGAGGAUCAAACGUUGUGGGUAUCGAAAAAGACGGAUCAAGAGGAGCAUCUCGUCAAUCCACGUCUUGAGGCACUUGAAGACGACACGAGUGCUGCACUCAACCAAGCAAUCCACGCUGUCUUGCCGAACAGAAAAGAGACUGCGGAUUCCCUUGUUCGCCUUAUGACUAUGGACGAUGCACAAGGUGAUGAUGCAGCGGCUUUCAUGGCUCGUGAGGUGUGUGCGCGUACGAGAGGUCCUUUUCAACUACAGGGGCUGGAUUUGGUCGCCACCUACAUGCACAUCACGACACGCGGUCGACUCAAGGACAAGUUUGUUGGAUGUCAGCAACGCUUGCUGUCAGAGGAGGAUGCCAGCAUGCUCGGAUUGCGGCUUUGGCAAGCACGUAGACGAUAGGCUUAUAGCUGGAUGAUUUGAUGAUGAUGGGUCCGUUGCGCACUAAUUAAGU